AUGUCCUUAGUUCUUCGCAAGCGGUCUGGAUCUGAUGAUUUGGAUGCGCCUCCAGCAAAGAAGUCGCUUAUAGUGAAACUCUCGUUCACGCUUAUGAGCUUCGUGGAUGCACUUGACGCAGCCGCUAGAUACAACAAAGAUGUAUUUCCCACGUAUACCUUUGAACACUCUUGGAAGUGUCGUAUGGUUAUCUUAUCGUGUCUCUCCGCCAAAUAUAAGAAAUUGGACGAGGUGAUCAAAGCUCAAGACGAGGCGAUUGAUCGCUGCAGAGAUGUGAUUGCUGUACUGGACCGAGUGAUUCGGAAUGUCGACACUCUUCCGCCCGGAAGACUGGGGAAUCGUCUCCCUGUGAGAGCUGUGGAAAUGCUGUCCGACAUUAUGAGCACGGUAAACACAGUCAAUCGCCGUGAGAAGGAAGCUCAGCAGAAGAUUGCAAAGACCGCCGAGAUGACCAGAGUAGUCGCCAAUGCAGCCAAGAUGAUGCUAGCAGAAUCAGAGAAACGUUAUAUUCUUCCUUUCUUCAUUACACCUGUUGCCUUGAAGGGUUGUGGUGUAGAAAUCGGUCAUCUCACUGGUAUUGCGGCAACUCAACGGACCACGCGGACAUGUGCAGCAAGACUUGCAUUGGAACACAUGUGGGUAACGGGUGCAAUUGAACGCUGGUUCAAUGCUGAUACUGCUGAUGUGGAUGAAGUGUUGGCGGUAGAUAUUCGCUCGCUUUUCGAAACCAUUGGUUGGGAUACGCACGCUCGUGCACCACUGCCUAUAUAA